AUGGGCGGUACAUUUAAUCAAACAAAGCCUCUCGACUUGCUUGUUGGUUCGCGGGUCUGCUUCUCUUUUGAUCCGCGGUCUGCCACCGAUAGGUGGCCGAUCGUGUUUCUUGAGAGGGUUGUAUCCAAGUUAUUCGACCAGGAUUUAUCCGAAGCGGUUAGUUUCCUGUUAUCUUAUCUGGUGGUGAAUUUGAUGCCCCAACUUGUGUACCCGGGAAGGGUGUUUACCAACUACGCCGUCCCCGGGGAUGACGUAGUAAUCGCGGAUGAGAAUGUCGCGACCCGUUACAAGGAGUCCCUUGACCUCCUGCAGGUGGUUAUUUCGAAAGAGAAAUCACUAAUAUCAAGGAGUGGGUCCGCGGAAUUCGCGAAUAACUUUAGGGUUCGAGAUUUGACAGUCGAUCUCCCCCGGCUGGGUGGAGCUGGAUAUCGUGUUCUUGCAAGGCUAGACCAUAGGCGCCCGAGGCGGUAUUCCCAUCUUGUGGUUAUGGGGCUAAAAUUGCUCUCUCCUUCUUACCCGCUUGAUUUCUGGUUGGGUAAGGGACGACCACUCAGUCCAGAAGCUCAUGGGCGUUUGGUGAGACUCCUUCGAGCCAAACUUAAGCCCCGGGAGCUGAUAUUGCCCCCCGAUGAGCUGUUCGAGACUGAGGAAUCUAGAUAUUUCCUGGAGUACUCUCUCCUUUAUGGAUGGAUGCGCCAGUGGUUAAACUACCUUAAAUGGUAUCACCUUACCGCACUUUCCCCUUGGGUUACCCUCGAGGAACUGUUUAGCGGUCCGGUUGUCUCGCACUCCUGGAGGAUGGUCGCGGUGGACGAAGACCUCGUUCGCUUCUCUCUGGAAGUUGUUUAUAGAAGUGCGCUUUUCAAGUUCAUUAAUCAGGCUGUGAAGUGA